ACCCGAACAAUUGUCCGCGAGCAGCGUAGCAGCGUUGACGCUCAACGUAUUACAGGCCCUAUUCAUCUCCCAGCGUAGUCAAUAACAAUGUAAUUGAACAUUACACAUACUUCGCGCGUGUUUUCCGGCCUCUAUAGUGCAUUGUGUCUUUUUAUUCAAUUCAACAUCAAAAUGACGGUCGAAAAAGCAGUGCCGAAAGUUGCGGAGAAGAUAGAGGAGUUGCCGCUAAAGUCGGAAGUGAUAACUGACUUUUCGGACAUGGGCUUUUUCGAAAAAUUGCAAUAUAUCAAAUCAAAUAUAACAGUGGAACCAGUGCUAGCGUUGUUCGUGAUGCCUAGUGUUUUGGCGAUGCUGGCGACUCAGAAUUUGAACUUAGAUAAGGCCUGUAGAGUUAACCUGGAGUUUAGUGAUACAGUGUGCUCAGAUCUGAGGUUAAGAAACCGAGCAAACCACACAUUUGAAGAGGAUGAAGUGCAGAAACUUAUCGCAUCCGUACAGGGAUGGAAAAGUGUAAUUCACACGGCCGUUCCGACGCUCCUAAUGUUAUUUAUCGGCGCAUGGAGCGACAAAACCGGGAGACGGAAAAUCUGCAUGCUAAUGCCGAUCUUCGGGGAAUUCAUGACUUGUAUUCUUAACAUGAUCAAUACAUACUUUUUCUAUCAAGUCCCCGUGGAGUUGACUGUUUUUAUGGAGGUCAUAUUCCCAGCGCUGACGGGCGGAUGGUACACGAUGUUUCUCGGUGCGUUUAGCUACUUAGGGGACAUAACGUCUAAAGAAACGAGGACUUUCCGCAUGGGGAUACUUAGUUUGUGCAUGACUGUAGGUUUCCCUGUGGGAAUGGGACUGAGCGGUGUACUAUUGCGUUACGCGGGUUACUAUGGUGUUUUCAGUGCGUCCGCGUUGUUCCAGUUUAUAAAUUUCUCAUACGUUUGGAUUGCUAUUGAGGACCACAGAUGGCUCGAAAAUAAAGAAAAGACACUACGGACUGGCUGCAGUGGAUUCUUCUUGGAGUUCUUCGAUUUCCACAGUUUGAAGGAAACUAUUCAGAUCGCGUUCAAGGCUGGACCAAAUAAGAGAAGACUACGAAUCUGCCUCAUUCUGACAGUUGUUUGCUUGAGUUUUGGACCACUAUGGGGGGAGCUGAGUAUAAUGUACAUAUUCGCUCGAUACCGCUUCAACUGGGACGAAGUGAAAUAUAGUAUUUACUCCACGUACAGUCUUGUCACACAUUCUAUUGGUACAAUGUUCUCCAUAACGAUAUUCAGCAAGAAAUUACGAGCUGAUGAUUCAGUAUUGGGGAUGAUAUCGACUUCUAGCAAAAUCGCUGGAGCGCUGGUGUUGGCUUUUGCUAGAAAUGAUUACGAGGUUUAUGUAGCUCCGCUCGUUGAGAUAUUAAAUGGGACGACAACCAUCGCUCUGAGGUCGAUAGCGUCGAAGCUGGUCUCUCACCAAGAAUUGGGCAAAGUAUUUUCACUCUUCGGUAUAGCAGAAACAAUGAUGCCACUUAUAUUUGCUCCUUUAUAUUCCCGGGUCUACAUCAUGACGUUGCAUGUUCUGCCCGGAGCCGUGUUUCUUUUAAGCGUGCUGGCUACUAUACCCGCAUUAUGUAUAUUUGGAUGGUUCUACCACCAACACAAAGAGGACGCAAAGCAAAAACGACUCGAAGUUCCCAACGUACCGUCAGCGCCACCGCCCACUGCACCUGAAGUUGUUACUACGUAGAUUUAAUUUUAUUUCAAGGGAAUAAGAAACAAAAAUGAAUGAUUUUUUAAGAUGUCUAUGCUAUCAAAUAGCUAUUAAAAUGGGUCGAAUUUAUGUAAAGUAAUCUGAUUAAUAAUGAUAAAUUCUGUCUCAUGAAGAAAAAUACAUACAAAUUAUUAUUUGUAUCUGGAUAAAACUUCUUAGCGAUAAUAAGUUUUAAUGUUAUCACUGCUUUAAAAUUGUCUCUAUUCAAUUAUGGCAUCUUAGAGGCUUUAGACCUGACUAAAUUGUUGAGAAUAACGGAUUUUAAAUUUGUUUAAAAUACAUACUCGUAGUUGCAUAUUUUACGCCAUGACAAAAAAAAAAACAGAGAUAUUGCUAAGUUUUCUAAAGUAAUCU